AUGUUGUGGAGUCCUGGUUAUGUCCCAAAACACAGUUUUAUUGCUUGGUUAGCUGUUCAAAACAAGCUCAGAAUUAAGGAUAAACUGAAGGCUUGGGGUUCGAUUGACAAUGACAUUUGUGGUUUAUGCAAUGUUGCUGUUGAAACUAUUGAUCACAUCUUCUUUGAAUGUUCUGUAUCCUUGAUGGUGAUGCAGAGAGUUUUGCAGAAUUGCAACAUCAAUAGAAAUGUGCUUAGCUGGAGAAGAGAAGUCGCUUGGUUUAGCAGGAAAACUAUGGGCAAAAGUGUGCUAGCAAGGGUUAGAAGAAUUGCUUUUGUCAGCAGUAUUUACAACAUCUGGAGAGGGAGGAAUAGAAAGAUUUUUGAAGAAGUUGAUGUUACUGGUGAAGAAAUUUUCAGAUGGGUCAGGCAGGAUGUGCUUUUAAAGCUGCUGGCCAGGAAUGGUGAGUCUGUAGCCCUCCAUCAAAUGCAAGAGAAUUGGAAGUAG